GUAACGCCGGACAUUAAAAUACGGUCCGGUGGUAAUAAGAAGCUGUCAAAACAGUAUUUUUACACUAAUCAUCUUCUAAAAUAUUUCUUUAUUUCUACUCAAAAAAAGAUGUUAAUAUGAGUACUGAUGUGUACAUAGCUAGACAAGUGUUAACCUAUCAACACAAUUAUUGAUUAAAACAAGCAAAAUAAAUAUAACACUUUUUAUAAACUAGUUUAAGUGACAACACAAUCAAUUUCGACAAACUCUGACGCGAGAGUUAGAAAACACAUUUAAGUGACAAGUGAUUAGAGAGUGACGAGGAACUGAAAGUUAUGUUGGAGUGACUGAGUGCUAAACGAAAUGAACGUGAAUUGGGACUGUUUUGGAAAUUUCAACUGUCUCAAAGAAAGGAACCUCUCUCUCCAGGGUGGGGAAACCACUGGGAAGGACGGAGAAGGGAAACCCUGUAUACCCGGAGACAAGAGGAAACCCUGGAAGCAUCCAGCUCCCGGGAGGAAGUCAAAGUCUAAGCACGAUAAAUAUAAGGAAAGAUUGAAAAUGUCCGGACGUCCUGGCCAUAUAUUCUACGAGAUACCAAGAGCUGAUCUUCAUCCUGAUCCUCAUUAUCCGUCCUACAACCUCGGACAAUAUUCUUCUAUGGUCAGCAAGGUUUGGGGAAAUACAAGAGUAAGAGUAAGAAGAUAUUCUGGAGACAAGGAGGCCCUUCAGAACAGAGAACUAGAGGUUAAUAUUAUUUAG